AUCUUUCGUUGGUUUAUAAGCUUCAAUACGAGUGCCCUCUAGGCUUUGUUGCAUUAGCAAUUUGGUCUUGGAUUCGGGUGGGGAACAGGGAAAGAAAUUUUUUCUGCAGUUUCUUGGGAAGAUUGAACUGGAAAAUGGGAAGGCAACCUUGUUGUGAUAAGGUGGGAUUGAAGCGUGGUCCAUGGACUAUAGAGGAAGACCACAAGCUCAUGAACUUCAUCCUCAAUAACGGCAUUCAUUGUUGGAGGACAGUCCCUAAACUUGCAGGCCUGCUGAGAUGUGGGAAGAGCUGCAGAUUAAGGUGGAUUAAUUACCUGAGGCCAGAUCUCAAGAGGGGUGCUUUCACUGAGAUGGAAGAGAACCAAAUAAUUCAGCUCCAUUCGCGUCUCGGCAACAGGUGGUCUAAGAUCGCUUCGCAUUUCCCCGGUCGCACGGACAAUGAGAUCAAGAACCAUUGGAACACAAGAAUCAAGAAGAAGCUGAAGCAACUUGGGCUGGACCCCAUCACUCACCAGCCAAUUACAGAGGAAGAUCACUGCAAAAAUGGUGAUGAAGUGGACCAAACUAAUUCAUUUAAAGAAGAAGAGGGAGUGCUCUCAAAGGUCAAGCCCAGGGACACCCAAGAACAGCGAGAGCAACCCGAACUGAAAUUCGAGGAAGCAACCGACUUUUUGUUGAACUAUGAAUUGCUGCUGUGUGGCAAUCUUGAUGAGGGAGUUCGAGGGCCGAAUCAAGAACCGGACAGGUCGAUCUUGCAGAGCUCCAAUACAAUUUCCAUAGAGGAUUCUUCCCAGAACCAGUCCAAUUCCAACGGAGAGUCCAAUUGCUCAUCAUCAUCACUGCAAGAACAUAACAAUGGUGGUGGCGUCCAACAAUGGGUUGAUCGUGUGGACUCUAUGCUGUCAUGGGAUGGCUUUGAUUUCUUAGAACAAGAGCUCUUCUUGUUUGAAGAUAGAUUUUGAGCUUUGAUUUGCAAGUUUUCUUUUCAUUUUUCCUCUUUCCCUCCUUUCUUUCUUGAUCGAUACGUGUUUCUAGUUAGCCAAGCCACAAAAUAUGGGUUUCCCUUAAUUUUUUU